ACAUUAUUGCGGAGUAUGAUAGCCACCGAUGAUUAGUAUUGUCGAACGGAAUUCGAGUACUGAUUGCGGUAAAAGCAUCGUUACGGUAGCUGUUAGUUUAAGUUAAAGGCUCGGAGGGAUACGAUGGAGAACGACACCCGCAGCAAAGAUUCUCAAAGCUCAAUGUGGUCUGUGCAAAAGGGUACGACCACGAUGUUCAUCGCUGAAGUGCUGGGCACUGCGAUACUUCUGUUCAUUGGUUGCAUGGGUUCUUUAGGGACGAUGGGACCGAUAUUGCCACCGCCAUUGCAGACAUCUAUGGCGUUCGGUAUGACUGUCAACCUUUUGAUUAUGAUGUUAGGACAUAUAAGCGGUGCGCAUUUAAAUCCUGCUGUCACCAUAGGGGCAGUUAUUCUUGGAAUUAAAACCAUUCCAACGGGUAUUCUCUAUGCAAUAGCACAAUUCAUUGGAGCUACUAUCGGAUAUGGAUUACUCAUGACAAUAACUCCGCCCGAGUUGUUCAAUGAUGGAUAUUCAAAUUCGUCGGUGGGUCAUUGUGUAACAGUCGUUCAUCCUGGAAUCAACACCACGCAAGCCAUUUUAAUCGAAAUUCUUUGUACGUCGUUCAUACUUUGCGCAGCGUGCGCUACUUGGGACCCAAGAUGCGCUCAUACAACAGAUUCCACGGCGAUCCGAUUUGGCUUCUCUGUUGUUGGCAUUUCACUCGCGGCGAGUCCUUACACUGGUUGUAGUAUGAAUCCUGCGCGUACUUUCGGCCCAGCUUUUUGGAAUGGGAACUGGACGAAUCAAUGGAUUUACUGGUUCGGACCGACUGCAGGCGCUUUCCUUGGAACGUAUACAUAUGUGUAUCUGUUUGCGGAAAAAAAAGCGGACGUACAGGACUUACAAUCUCAUCUUAGGUAUAUAGAAAUGAAAUCGAUUAAAUCAUCGUUGCAAGACAUAAAUUCCAAAGAAGGAAGAAAUGUUAAGGAAGAAAAUCUCGAAUUAGUAAAGGGCGAGGAAGCUGCUUGAUAACCGUUAAGGUACGAUUAUUCAUUAUCGACCGUUAGCAACAGUCUUCCAUAAUAUCUAGAGUAGUUCAAUGACGCCACCACGGGUGUCGCUGCACGUUAAAGUAUGGCGUGCCCUGUAUUGCCAUCAACAUAUAUUGCAUUUAUUUCGUAUAUAUAUAUACAGUAUUUAUCUCGCCUUGUAUUAUUUCAACAAAAUUGACAUCACUUAUACUAUUUACUUAUUAUUUAACAGUAUAAGUGUGAUUUAUAGAUUAAUUAUUUUGUGGUUAUGUAGCUGUAGGAUGUAUAAUUAUUUUUAACGAUUUCUUUAAUUCAAAUUAUUUAAUAUUCCCGGAUGAUACGAGAGUAACUUGUGCCAGUAGGGAAAAUGAUAAGUGUUUAAAUGAUGUAACAAUUCUCAAUAUGUCUAAUUUAAAAAUUCACAUAUUUAUGUACAAAAAAUGUAUUUAAGUUCAGUAAAAAAUCGAAAUGUGACGUAAUUUCUUUUAAGUAGGUACAUACAGUAUUUAGAGUGUCAGAGUAUCUUUCAAGUAUUUUUGACUCGUACAGUUCAUACAGUUUCUAUUUAAAGCUAUUCUAUUUUCUCAAGGAGCUCAGUAUUUUCCUCAAUGAUCUGCUUUAAUGAACCAAUAUGAUCAAUGUAUGUACACACGAGACAAAUAACUACUUUAAGAACGUAGUCAGGUGACGACGUGGAAAGGUUUAUUUCUGACAUGAAAAUUCUGCGCAGAUUCAUGUUCCACAAAUACGUCGUCACAAUUUGAAUCAAUAGGGCGGCUCUAGAAUUUUAAGCUCCGAUCACACUUGUGUUCUACGUCUUGGGGGUUAAAUUACUUACUCUAUAACAAAAUAUCUGCUUGCCAGUUGUGUAUUUUAUUUUCAAUUCACAAAACGUUACCCGCCCUACUUAAAUUCAAUUGUUAAGUUUGCAGUAUUUAAAGUCAUAAAAUUUCUUAGAAGUGGAAGCAUCAUUACUUUUUUAUUUUUUAUUAAAGUAAAAUUGACGUGCAACGUCUCCCUGUAUCCAUUUUAUCUAUGUAUAAAGAAUAUCGUGCCAGUCUAGACAAAAAUGGAAACGUAAUGGAAACAAAUGUUUGUUUUUUUCCGAGUUGCGCUUUAUUAUGUACAAAUCAAUGCGUGAAACGAGGUGACAAUCAUUGGGUAUAAACCUAUUAUUAGUUCUUCCACACAACUGCUGAAUACUUUUUUUCAUAAAAUAUACCAUCAGAAGCACCACUAAAUAACCACCAGUUAUAGACCAAUUAUAUGCAAUUAUUUCACCAGAUUGAGGUGAACGAAUCAAAUAUUUGAAGAGUUAAUUUUUACUUUAAAGCUCUUUGACAAUAAAUUUUAUCAACGACCUGUUUUUAUGUGCAUUGCCACCCUAUAUGUAAACGAUAUCGGAUUUCUAACCGCAACAUGUUGUAAAAACAAAGAGGAAACACAAAACAGGGAGAUAGUUCUCAGGUUAUAGUAGCCGCAGGAGAAUAUGUAUUAAUCGUAUUUCGGUCUGACUGUGCGUAUCUGCGUAAGCUAUAAUUAAGGAAACCUCCCACAUAUUUCGACAUAGCUUUACGCGUAAUAUAUUUCCAAACAGUUCAUGAGAAUUUUACUUUUCCGAGAUCAGGGCUAAUUGCGCGUUUAAACGUUGUUCUACUCGUUCAAAAGGAACGACCCAGGAAUACGCCAUUACAAGUACUCUGGUACAUUUACUAUAUACAUAUAGAUGGAUGUUUCUCUCUUUUUCUAUUUUUCCAUAUACACGCGUGCGCGUGACGCACACACACACACACAUAUGUGAGUUUUAUUCUAUAUAUAUAGAAUAAAACUCAACCGCUGCAACUAUCGAUUACCUGCUGCAUCCAUCCAUGGAACGUUCUGGAGACCGAGACUGGAGCAUUUGAAACACGUUGUUCCCGUUUUCAAUUGAUUCAUUUCUUCUAUUGUUAAUAAUAUUAUUUGUCUCCACGAAAAUAAAAUCCAAAAUCUCAAUGACAGAAACCAAAUUUUUCUGUUUCUUGAUAAGCACGAUGUUAUAUAACAAAAUUGAAUCCCCAUAAUAUUUUCAAUCCUCAUUAUCAUUGCUAAUAUCAUGUAUAUGUGUAGUUGACGCGACGUUAAAACGUAUUAAAAGGUGAACUCGGUCGAUAAGAAGAUGGCCGCUGUUGCAUGCGACACGACGGUUGAUAAAACAACGUAUGAAUGUUGUAAUCAGCAAGGUGCACAAACACCACGAUAGUCACAAUGCAUUAAACCAUACGAAGAUCAAUGUCGUUAACUAUAUGCUAGUUUUUAAAUAUAUCAGACGACUCAGAGGUUACACAGACAACGCUAUUAAAUUUAUAGUAUUUUAUACGAGCAUCGUUCGACUACAUUAUACACACAUAUACAUGCGUAUAUGUAUAUGUCGAGUCGUUAAGCAGCUACGAAACCAUAUCAUUUCAGAAUGUUACGCAUUCGUGCACUUGAGAGAGCAAUGAAAACAUUAGGAGACGCGCGGUCUGCAUCCAGCUGUAUACAUAUGUCGAUAGACAUAUUCCAGUUCUGUUCUUGCCCCUCCCAGUUGUGUGUGAAUUUAUCGCGAACAUCUGCUCAGUUUUAUGCUUCCGCUUCUAUGGCCAGGCUGCCUGGUAAUUUUCCUUUCAUCAUUCAACCCUUAAAAUUAUUCCAGUUUUCAUUAUUGUAUAUUACAUGUUUGAAAAGCUACACAAAAGAUUUUAUAUCGUAGGGAUCUUGACCACAAUCCUUAUUCCCAUGAAUAAACUUGCAUCAGUUACGCGCCCUUCAAGCAAGAUACUACGCAUUAGGUCAGAAGACGAAAAAUCGAUAGAGCUACAGCUGUCACGUGAAGCCUGUAUUGCGCAAUAAUACGCGCCCUUUGCAUAAGCGUCGUUGGUUUUGGAAGGUCAUUAUGACACGUGAUUGAGCAAAUGUGAUAAAAUUAACACGUGAUUAACGUGUCACGUUAUUUUUUCUGCCAUGAUCAACCUCAUUAACCUCAGAAUGCUGACCUGUAUCACGCUAUACAUAUAUGUAGCUCGUGUGUGUUUGCAAACAUGAUGCUAUUUAUUGCGUGACAUGAGUCAGAGUUAUGACCGUGUUUUCGAAUUGUCUUAAAGUAACGGGCUUCUUUAUCCUCUUUUUAUCUACCUUUCUGUCCUACCGUAUCGAUGGAAUUCGUUUCUAGCAAACAUAUGUUUCGAGAUAACUACGCAGCUUCCAUGACGAAAUACGCCAUGUAAUCUGGCCGGGAUUUUGCUUCAUUAACUGACCAUUGCUCUCCCCACCUUGAGAGCGACUUCAUAGAACGAACUUCUAGAAUUCACGCUCAAUGGAGAAAAUUGAUACUUAAUAUUUUCUAGAAAUGUGUGUUUUUCGAAAAUUGAUCAUAUAAGAUCACUUGUUGUGGGCAGUUUCAUUUCUGUACUGUGUCAUAGUUUACUGUCCUUUUGAUUAAUGAUUCAGUAGUAAUUCUGAUAAAGAUAUGCACCGAAUUGUUCAUUACCAUCUAUAGACUUAUGUACUAUAACGUCAUCUCACUUAUACUUGUAGAAGAAAAAAAAUGCAAUCUUAUCUGGAGUUAUUAAAGAUAGCAGAAACAAGAAAAGCACUCAUGUAAAGGUAAAAUACUCGUUUUGCUUGUUGAAUGCAAGCUAACAUUGUAAGAGAUCGAAAAAUGUUUCCAAAGAUUCAAUGUUUGUAUUGUUAAAAUAAUUAACGACAAACAUGACGUGGCCUAUAAGUUUCUGAAAAAUCAUGCGUAGUAAAUAGCAUCGUUAAAGACAACCUUAAACUGUCCUUGACUUCGGAAACUACGUAGUAUUUCUAAGGAAUAGCCCUUUCCCCUGACGUUACGACGAAAACAAAUAGCCAAAUAAUACGAGGUUAGUCGUUCCUUGUUUCCAUCACGCACAUAAUCCAACCGUUCGAAGUGUAAAUAUAUAGGUAUAGAAGAAGGAAAUGUAUGUUUGUGUGAGUGAGGUUAUGGUGGGGACCAGGUGGGAGAUUGUGCCAGAAAUCUCGUCGUUGCCUCCCCGAUCAAUACUCGGAUUUUGCUUGUUUUCUCCACAAAAAUCAGUUAAAUAGUGAUAACUGUGUCAUUGAAUGAUAGUUUAUGGUGCGAGGAACACGAUGAUAUGAGUGGCUGUUGAAUAAAUGAUGGAUUAAGUAUAGAAAUCAUGAGUUGAAAGAAAAUGCGCAUUAGGUGCCGGGUGCCGGCGUAACUUCUCGAACAUUCAGUACUGCGACGCCGCACGGCUAUAUAAGAGGGCCGGCCGGCCUGGCUCGGCGCAUUCGUAAAUAAACUUUCGUUCAGUUCGGACGCAGCGAACACCCGAAGACCCACCCAACCAGUGAACAUACCUCUACUUCUUUUACGUGGUCCACGAGGCUGCUGACAACACGACGAGAAAAUGUAGACGAGACGGAUUCGGUGCGGAGCGCGACAGUUUACCUGAACCCUACGGGGUCGGUGCUUGAACAAUCCGUACGCAACCAUAAUCUGGUCAGAUUAGAGUUCGAAAUUUCCUCACACAUUUUGAACUAUUUGAGAAGAGCACCUCGAGAUACAGGCAUUAGUUUAGAGCAGACUCGUAGUUUGAGGUCGAGAAUAAAUCGUCGGCACCAUCUUGUCUAAACGAAUACUCUACUACAAGGGCACACGGAACGUUGGAAUUGAGAACAAAAAAUAAGUAUACAGAAUCAAAUAGAACGGGGAAAAGAUACAAAAACAAUAGAAAAACAAAACAAAAGAAGGCUAGGAAGAGAACGGAUCAUUUUCCUAAAGUGCUCUAGCUUUGCGAAUCGAGAAGCGUCGGGCGAGUCCUUCGCUCGGAUUCGCCACCGAGCUCUCCUCUUCGUCUCGUUACCUUUUUGGGUGCCGUGAUAGUUAAAACACCAUCCGAAGAAAGGCUUGAGGUAAUAUUGAUCACAUCGUGAGAUGGAGGCAAGACGUAUCUCCGUACGAAGUGUCUGCUGAUAAAUCCGUGCUCGUCUUGUCUCUCCUCGUGUUUGGCUUCAACAAUAACGUUGUUACCGACCGUCUUCACCGUGAUCUCCUCCGGUGAGAAUUGUUGAACGUCCAAUAUUACCUGCGCAGAUCAAAACGAAGUAGUUAAGACAGAUCGAACGGGGCAAACUAUCAUUUUUUAGGAACACGAUGUUGCAUGUAGUAACCGAUACAAUGUAUCAAAGAGGCCAUAACAGAGAUCCAUACGACUACUGAAAUAUAUUUCUACCAUCCAAUUCUUGAUUACAUACGUUUGUAUUCCGUUAAAUCUACCAAAAAAAAAAAGAUGCAAAUCAUCUUUUAUUGCGAAAUUUAAGUAUUCAGGCUUUUCACAACACCGAUUAUCGAAAGAGGCUCGCUCAUUUAAAUUACCGCCGCUUUAAGGCAGGCGAAGGCAGCCUUCGCCUGCUACCGAAAUCUACAUUUAUAAUUAAUUUGUUAACCAGUCAGUCUGUAUAUCAAGGUAACAAGUUUUCUCCUUCGGAAGACCUUAGGUGUCUGUCUGUUGGAUACACGAGAAAUUUACAACUAUUAGCUAUUUAGCUACCAAACGCACAACCGUUUCUAAAGCCUUCUUUAAUAACUCUAAUAGUACUCGAGAGAGAAAAAAGUGUAACUCAGUGGAAGAAAAGAAGUACCUAUCAAAUAAAAGCCGUUCUUCCGGUUAACUCAAAUUGUCCACGUAGUAACUUCUGGUUACGAAGGUCGCCGGAGUUUAUAGAACAUGAAGACACAGUAGGAAAGAAAAAAUAUGUAGGAGUUAAUCCCAGCUUUUUCUACUUUCUACCCGUUGCAAAGUUUUUGCUUAUUUUCCGUUCUCGUCCUGUAUUUUUCAUGUAACACCAGUGUUUUGUAAUUUCCAUUCUACGUGAAUGUUACCGUUGAGAACGAGCAAACCGAGAAGAUGUAGCUGAUAAACACAUCUAUUUGGAACAUCGUUUCCUCCCUCCCCCCUUUUUUUUUGUUCACUCGCAGGAAAGAUGUGCGUGCAAAGUAUACAAGUAGCAGGUGGAAUCAUUUUCUACUAUUGAGCAAAAAGAGAGAAACAGAAUCGUCACGUUUACACGCGUGUUUUGUACUUCGAUCAACAAUUUAUCUCGUGGUUAGCAGCUUUACUUUGGAAACAAACAUUAAAGAAAGAAAGCGAGGGUAAACGCAUCAGUGUCAGCAGAGAAAAAGCGAACCGGUGUUCUUCGGGUGAUCCCAGGACCCGAGGAGUAAUUUUCAAAGUUAGAAAAUAAGGAAAGGUCUUGUGCAGAAUGAUACGAAGAACCUUCACUUUCUUUCAUACAUUUCGGGUAAAGUAGCAAGAGACCGUCAAACAAAUUUUAAAUCUCCAGUGCUGCUGCAUAUUGAAUAUAGAGAAAGAGAGAGAGGGGAGGAAAGAGUGUGAGAGAGAGAGAGAGAGAGAGAGCGAGCGAGCAAGAGCGACACAUUGUGCGCCUGCAUUUCUGUACAUAUAGAAUAUUUCGUAUUGAAUCGUUUUCUAUGGUCUUGUCGUUGAUGAUUCGAGAAGCAUUUAUUUUUAUAUAGAGAUUAUUAUAUAUAUAGCGAAACAAAAAAGAGAUCCGAAAGUUUUAAGGGAAAGCCGUUUUUUAGUCCGAGAAGCGCCCCCAUUUCAGGGGGGUGCUCCGACACACCUCACACUUUCUCGAUUCUUUCUGUCGAAAAAAAAAAAAAAAAAAAAAAAGGAAGCAAAAAGAAGACUGAUAUGAUAUCCAUGUAACGAUCCGUUUUUUUUUCGGAUUUCAAUGACAAAGAAAAGUCGUCCUCUUUGAAUAUUUCAAGGUAUUUGGUAUCGUUUGUUGAAACGGAAACAAAAUCCAUUUGUGAGUGUAAAAAUUAAAGAGAAAAAAAACAAAGAAAUGAGAAUGGCGAAAGCCGGUUAAACUGUGAUUUUUGGAAGGAAUUUCCGGCAUAAUAAAGCGUGUGUCUAUCAGAAAAUAGUCGCGUGUACGUUUCGGAUUGUGUGUAAACAAAAUUUCUUUUUCUACAAAAUUGUGACAAUUUUUCGCUAUUCGAGUUUUUUUUGAAGAAAAAUAAUAGUUUUCGAGACCUGACUUCAUCCUACCACAACAUUUUUAAGCCCCCUCUUCCUUGAGGGAGGGGGUUCCUAUAUACACACAUAUAUAUAUAAAAGGAGAAGGAACCAACAAUUGAAAUUGUAAUAGCCCCGAAAAACGUUCCGAAUCUUUAUACCACUACACAGAGCUGUGAACCAUUUGAAAAGAGAGGGUUGUAAGGCGAGGAGAGAAAUCAAUUUUUAGAAUCCUUUAUGUGUCAAACUUGAGAUAGGGAAUUAUGCAGCAAAGAAAGAACAUGCUGAGGGAAAGCAGCAGCAACAACAACAACAGCAACAACAGUAGUAGUAAUAGUAGUAGUAGUGGCAGAAACAGAAAUCGGUUUUCGGGCCUUCUGGUGUUCCAGUUCUUUCGUUCGAUUCGUUGAUUGUAAUCCUUGAAGAUUUGUGCCCCCUCCCCCCUUUUUAUUUUUUUUUUGUUUCUUCUGUUAUAAUUACUUUUAAUUCGAUGAUCGAAUUGCUUCAUUAUAACAGUUCUGUGUUGAAACGUUGCGUUGAUAGUAUUAUUUUUCAAUCGUAGAGAUAUUUAAUAUUUUUGGUUAAUAUUUUUUUUCGUUUGGCUCCAUUAAUUCCUUUCCUUUAUCUCUUUUGAGCUACACCAUCUCCUUUAAUUCUUUUUGUACUUCCCUCUACGAGUGCGCUAAUUUCGUUCCCACUUCCUUCUUUCUUUACGUUCCACAAUUAGAUUUCUAGGUCUUGAAAAAUAAUAUUCGAUACAUUAGAGAUUUCUAAAUACGAGGUUUCGUCCUUUUCAUUUGAUUUCUUAUCUUCCUAAACACGCAUAUAUAUUUCCAACACGUUCUAUACUUAUUGGACGACACCUAUGAUACAAAUUCAUAAAUGGCCGCAAUAUAAAAAGAAAAGGUUAUCACUUUAGAUUGUCUCAGCCUAAGUUAAUCGACCGUUAAACCGCGAAAUAGUGGAACAAAUAUUUCGCUCACUGUAUUAAAGAAACUCCAAUUGCACGAUAUUAUGAUAAAAUAAAAGAGAAACAGUAAAAAAAGAGAGAGAUGGGCCAGUAAAUGUUUAGCCUGUUCUAAUCCAGUGUAUUCAAAUUAUUGAACAUAUUUAGCUUGUGGCGAUAUAAUUACUUAAAGAAGCUUUCAAAUAAUCCCUUGAUAUCAAAGCGAGAGUUACUAAGUUACAACGGUUACUUAAGAAGGUCAAAACAAACGAAAACAAUUUGUAUUCGGUGUAAACCAGCUAAAACAAUUAGAAGCAGAAAAAAUCUACGAGAAAGGGAAGUGUCGAGUGUGUGUGAUGUGCUUUAAACAUUCUAUGCUCGAGAGGUUACAAAUAUUCCAGGCGUUUUAUCCAGAUCGAAAUAUCAAAUAUACCGAUACGUAGACAAAAAUAUACCUUUUUUUGAUUUUCGAACUUACAAGCUUCGUAAUAUGAGUAUAUUAUUGUGCAGAGAUGAGAAAUUUGAUAGGCAAAGAAAUGCGGGUCUGAUUGGUGGCUAUUGCCUCACUAUUGCUUAAAAUUUAACAGGGCCAUCUCGUGUCAUGCGUAUUUUCGUAAUUAGCUGAAAUACUUAUAUGAAAUAUAUGUUAUAUAUUAUACAUUAUACAUACUAUAUACUAUAUAUAUAGUGUCUUUUUGAAAUUCAUUUUUAGAAGUUCGCUUACUUUUGAUAUUUUCUUUUGCUCGUUCCUCUUAUCGAAAGCAUCUUUUACUCUUGAAAUAUUGUCUUUGAUCAAUAUUUUUCUUUAUCCUUCGUUUCCUCGAGUUUUUCUUCGACUCGUAGCUAUUUCGAAAUCUAAUUUAACGCUCAACGGUAUUAGCAAUAAUUAAUAUUCCGAAUACCAAUCCGUUUCCACUGGCUGGACACAUAAUUAAUCUUCUUCCAACUAAUUUCUUACAUACGAUCUAAGACCAACGACGGCUAUCCCAUUACUUUUUGGCUCCGGCCAAAAGUUAUGGGAUAGCCGUUGACUGAAUAUAUUCGUGGUGCUUACAAUAACGCGUUCAAAGAUAAUCUCUGUGAAUCUUUAAAAUCCGGUCGAAUAUUAGCAAUAAAAGAUUAUAACAGAGCGUUAAAUUUCCAACGAAUUUCAAGCACAUUUAUUUGGGUGUUACUAACAGAAUUGCUUCAAGUCGUGUCGCAUAUAUCGUAUAUAUUUCAAAGAUUCGAAGCGUCCGACUUAUUUGAGGAAUCACAUUUUACACGUUUUUUGAAAUUGCACGAACAAGCUUUAACCAGGUUUAAGGAACCAAAUUGUCUCUUUUAGACAAGCUGUAUAAUAUUAACUAUCUUCCUUUUGACGUUUGAUAAACGAAAUCUAACAAAAGUUGCAGCUAAUUUUCUAAUCGGUUAAACAGAACACAUCGUCUUCUCUCCUUUGUCUUCGUUCUAGACCUUGUUCGAUCAUUGUAACAAAUUAACGCGACCCUAAAGACUCUCAAUCCUUUCUUUGAACUCUCCUCUUCCAUGGGAUUCCACGUACGCGUGGGAUCCUAUUGAAGACGAGAGAAAUCCCAAGUCCAGCCCCUUGCAGCAGUACUCUCCCAUCCUGUGACGUACAAUAACGAUUUUGAAAGUUCUUGAAACGAGAAAACGUGUAGUGAGACGUAGAUUCUAGAAUUCACGUUGAGAUAUCACGAUUAAAUAGUCAUGAUGUCAUAUUAUUAACCGUUCUAAUGCAAAGUAUAGUGGCGACUUGAGGCCGUCUUUCGCACAUCGAAAGCAAAUAUCCCCGCAGAGUUCUACAGUAACGUUACACACAGUGAAACUAUACGAGCAAAGUGUAAAAUCGAAGCGUGUCACGCGCCCCUCCUCCAACGAUUUCACGCUUAAUAACAUAUAUUUACGAUCGACAACUUUUAGAGGCCAUCAGACGAGUUACAAAGGAGCUGUAACGAAUAACAAAAAUUAGUAGCAACACUGGUAUAAAGAAGAAAUACAUUCAACACAUUAAACGUAAAUCGCUUGCUUAGCCCUGAAAUCGGCGUUUAAUUAAAGGAAAUUUGAUAACGCACAGGUUCGUUUCUAGCAAGCAUCACACAUAGUACUUUGACAGAAAUAGCAAUAGGGUACAUACACUGCUCAGAUUAUCUGAGAACAUGUGCAAACUAAAUUGUUCUAAAUUGUACCAAAUGGUUCAAAGGAAAAGGUCUCUAAAUUCAAGUAAAUCGAAAUAUUAAUUCGAAACGAUUUCUUAGCCGACGCAAUAAAUUCGUAAGAUAUAAACAUCCAUUAUUAAUCUAUCGGUAAUUUUUGAUUUGAUAAUCCAGUGACACCUAAUUAACUGUAGUCUUCCAAAGAGAUCACAUAUGAUCCAUAUCCAUAGUUACCACUCGAACCAGAAGGGUAAUCCUAGCUAUACCUAUUGUUUUUGACAAUAGGUGUGGUUAGAUACCAUCGAGUGAUAACUAUGGAUAUGGCUUGCGAUUCUCUAUAAUCCGAUCAACACUACAUCAACGAUGGCCGAAUCAAUCAAUCCAUGAAAUGAUUCUUGAAAAGCUUCUCAAAGAAUAAGAAAACGACAAUACUAGAAACAACAAUACCUUCCCACGUUCGACGAUCAACAGCGAAAAAUUAACGUCAAGAGAACCGAGCCUAUGUUUCCACCUACAUCAUUGGAUCUAUUUCCCUAACCAUACACGAAGAUAGAUCAAGUGAACCAUACGCUUUGAUCCUCCAGAUCCAAAAAGAAUCUUGCGAUUCAUUCGAUGUAACCUGCAUCAUCCCUUGGGGCUUUGCAAGUCUAAGUUCAGUUUGCAGUAGAGUCACAUCGCAGUUGUCGAUUACGCGAUUUACUCGUACAAACAUCUGAAAAAGGUUGACGCAUAAAAUGGUCACAAACCUGGAAGUUAUCCUUGCCGUCAAUUUGGAUCGUGCUCGAUCCACUCGAGGGUUGACACGUCACAUUCCUCCAGGGACGAUAGUACCUAUCGCGAAAGAUCGAACGUACAGGUCUGUCGAGGCUGAGAUCGGAGAACCGUGAUAGGAGUUCGUCUCGAUUUAAUCCUCUGCCAAAGUGUUGGUCCAUCAAUCUGGACAUGGGUCGAUCUAAAUCGUCCCACCAGUCACGGAAUAUCAAUGGCACCACCGACAUCUGAAACAGUAAUGAACAAUGAAGAAAAUCAGUAAUAUCGGUCAGUUCUUGCUUUUCGAUUUCAGGACGUAGUAUAGAUCGCGCAAUGAUGAUAUAUACAGAAGAAAAUAACAAAAAAGGAGGAUACUCCGUUUUGACACGUGAUUAAAUAUAAUAUUACAAUUAAGCGUUUAUAACGUGAGACAGAAAUUUGACGGAUUAAGAGUUAGGCUGUAAGCUGUUUUUAAUUAAGAACAUGCUAGGCAGAUUCCUUUAAGCUUAAAAGAAAGAAAGCGCAUAAACGUGUGUUAAAUCGCACGUAUAUCGUUAUUGUGUUACAAUAAGGACCACGAUCUACGUAGAUUCAUCUCGGGCAAUGGCUGUAAUUAAUAACAGUCCUGACACCAGAACGAAAAUCACUAAACCACGAUACAAUUCAAAGGAAAGGAACAGAUUCUCUUUUAUUGCGACUCUUCUAGUAUUAACGCGAGGAUGACCAAUUUAGGAAUCUUGUCGUAAAGUGAACAAAUAACUAAGCAUCACGAGAGCUGUUACUAUUACCGCAGAUUAGCGUAGAGUAAAUGUCUCGAUUUUUAAUACAGCAAAUUACAACAAUGUUGUUCCAUUAUUGUUUACGCGUUUCCUCGAGCGCAUUUUUAUCGACGAAUAUAUUAAUUAGGGUCUUACUCAAACGCACAGCAGGUGAUUUUUAGGAGGCUAAUAAGUGUAGGAGUCGUAGCGAUUCGUUCCGAAUCUUUGUCGCACGGAUAAUUGGUAAUUCGUAACUUUUCCAUCGAAAAACGAAUAGCUGCCAGCGUAAGCCGAACACUAUUGUCUCUCGCCGUAAUUAAAGAACGCACACAUGACACAAUCCAAUACUCGCGUUAGCUAACUCAAAACUAAUUCAAAACGAAUUUAACCGAAACAUAUGUUUAGCAUAUUCUAAACGGAGACUUACAUUCAAUCAACAGUCAAGAUAAUGUGACAUUUCUAAUCGGAAAUUUGAGAAUCGAACAUCUAUAAAAAUAGAAAAAGGAAGAUAACUCUGGGAAGAAUCGCACCGCGCAUAUAACAUUAAGAAAUUAAUAUUCGCGACAUCAAAUUGGCAAACAUUUAUGAAUAGAGCGUAACAGAGUUUACGUGAAUCGUCCACGAAAUGAGAGUAUCAAAAUAAUUUCUAUUUAGAAUUGGCAAAGAAUUGUGUGACGAAUUUUUGUUUUAUGAUAUCAAAGACGCGGAUGUGUUUCUUCGGUGCAGCCGAGUUAUCGCCUAUUAAGGAGUAUCUAGAACUAUCGUUUAUAACGUCAGCGUGUUAGGAAUGAUAAAGAAGGAAAGUCUACUAAGACAUUGCAUUUGCAUCGAAUUAUGCAUAAUGUAACUUAUGCUAUAGCUUUAGGUUACGUGUAAGAGCCUAGGUAUAUAGAAGGUAGAUAUGACAUAAAAAACAAAAAAAAAAAAAAAAAACUACAUCGAACACUGAACGCAGAUUAACGCCCUAUUUGUUUUUAGGAGUAGUCGAAACAUAAGCGGCAGAUAUUGUAUAAAUAUUGUGGCCAGUUGUACCCACGUUAAAAUCUCGGCUGUAGUAAAUAUAAACCAGAGAUGCAUAAAGACCGAAUAGCAUUUUAAUUGGAAAAUCGUAUGAAGAACGUACAAUAAUUAUGUUCUUCGGCCGUCUAUGUAUUCCGGCAAUUAAGAACAUUUCCUAAUUCCUACGAUCAGAAUACUAAUCUCGAACACUAAAAGGAGAUAAUAACACACAGUGAAGAAAGGUAAAAUAUAUAACAUGUUAGGGAAUAUUGUAGGAGGAGAAACAGUUAACAAUGUACAAGGAAGGAAAAGAAGGGAAAAGCGUCGUCUUUAUUAAAAAGGCGUGACGUAUGGUGUCGUAACCCAGAACUUAAUAAAGAAUGUACUUAACAAUUAAAUCAUGCUUUUUGACGAUUAUAUCUUAAAAUGUAAGUUAGACCGCUAAGUUUCCAAAUGCUACUACUGCUACUAAAUUGAAUCUACUUCUACUGACAUUGACAUAAUACCAGCGUUUCUAAGAUAUCUAACGCUAAUUGGAUUAGGUGAUGCCGAUACUUCUAAAGGGUUAAGGGGACGUAUACUAGACGUGUACUUAGUCCUUAAGUACGGUUAGCUUAGGAUCCUUACUAUUUUAGCUUACUAUCUCAUACGGUGAAGCGUCGUUGCGCGUUUUUUCUUUUCGUCCAACGAAAGUAAGAACACUGACCGAUUUACACUCAUAAUGAUGAAAGAUGAAAAAAGAAACAAAAAAAAAAAUAUUUAAAAAAUACAAAAAAAAGAACAAA